AUGAUAGCAAAUGAUGGAUGGUGUCUUGAUCAAGGAAUGACGAAUCACGAUGAAUGUGGGAAGAUUCAGUUAACCUCGGACAGAGUCAAGGAACGUUACGACAGAAACGUUCGGAGCAGUCGCUUUGAGCCCGGGAAGAAGGUUUGGUUGUUUCAACCAAGGAGAAUACAGGGCAGGAGCCCGAAACUCCAAAGAAACUGGGAAGGACCGUACCAGAUAAUCGAUCGGAUUAACGAUGUGGUGUACCGCAUCCGGAAGCCCGCUGGCGGCAAAUUCCGAGUCAUUCAUUCCGACAGACUUGCGCUCUAUGAAGGCGUUCAAGAUACUUUUCAAAUCCGCGCGCUCACGGCUCUCCCGGAGACUCCCAAUCCUGGUCUCGAAGUCUGUCGGGGAAUCUCAGGAUCUCGUCCGUUUACAAUCGUCGUGGAAGGGAACAUCGGGGCAGGAAAAUCUUCCUUCGUCGGACAGUUUCUGGCCAAGGAAACAGUCCAGACCCUCCUAGAACCGGUCGAGGAAUUCCAGGACUUUUGCGGCGUGAAUCUUCUCACCAAGCUGUACGGGGAUUUCUCCCGAUAUGCUUUCCUGUUCCAAGUUCACGCCUUGAACUGCAUGUUAACGCAGCAUAGCGUAUCCACGGUGCUUCCGUUCAGGAUUAUGGAGUGAUCGGUCUUCAGCACCCGCUGCUUCGUCGAGCAUCUGCGGCGAACAGGCAGUUUUGAAGAAGUCCAGGGUCGGGUG